AUGACUAUCAGAAUAUCAACCGAAUGGCGAAAGAAACAGAAAUACAAAAAGAAAUUAAACAGGAUUGCACUGAAAACAUCAAUAGCCAAAGUGUAUCAAGAAAAGUUAAUGUUGAAAUUAAAGAACAUACAAGAAAGAUCAAAUUUUAAUGAAACAUUUCUGUGUUUCACUUUCUAUGUUACUAGAAGUAGAACAAACAGUAAAACCAUAACUGAAGAAGUACUUCGGUAAAUACCAGGAAAAACAAGUGAGUCAAUGAAAAAUGUAAAAGAGCAUUAUAUGACGAAUCUAUAUUCGUCAUAUAGAGCCAUGAAAGUGCUACUUGAACCCAAUGAAGAUAACAAGAUACAAAGAAAGGCAAAAAGGGUGAUCAGACUGAAUAAAAGACUUCACAGUCACUGGAAAAAAAAAAAAAAACGCACACAAAUUAUAGAAAAUAAUAGAAAUAGACAUUUGAAAAAGCAAAUGAAGUAAGACAUGGAUACAAGCCCAGACCGAUUGGGCAAAGCGCAAAAGCGAUGGAACCCUUCUAACAGGAAGAACGAAGAAAUCGCAUACUAA